AUGCGCUAUUCGCUCAUUCUACUACUCCUAUUCGGCAUCGAAUGCCUCGAUUCGACGGCUCCGACAGCGUUCGGCGGCGUCGGCAAUAAUGAGGAGCCGGCGGUGCUCGUGAACGCCUCAUUCGACAACCAUAUGAAUCUGCACGUGUUCUUGAAGAAGAAUGAGAAACUCAAUGGUAGUGUUACGGGCUUCAAAAUCUAUUACACGCUGGACGCGAGCCAGACGAUCGACGAGUUCCUCAAUUGGAAUCAAUCGGAGGUGCUCACCGAGGAGUCGUCGCAUCGGAUUGUGCUCAAAGCCGACGAGCAUCGCAUCAACGUCGACACCGUCGUCCGAAUGCGCGCCUCGGUGUUCAUCAACAACAAUGAGAGCAAUUUGACGAGCGUGAUUGUGGCUCACGCGCGUCAUUCGGCGCCGAAAUCGCCGCUCAUCGUCAACGCGAAAAUAUUGCACAACUCGUCGGUGUUGAUCUCGUUCGUGCCGCCCGACGACGUCGAUUUGGUCGAGAACUACACCAUCUCGUACAAGAAGGUCGAGGAUGCGAAUUGGGAUCACGUCAGCUUUCGAUCCGACAUUGACGGCAAGGUUCUACUCGACGGCCUCGAGCCGAAUCGAACGUACGAUGUGAAGAUGCGUGUGACGGGUGGCGCGAUUCCCGGCGAUGAAUCGAAUGUUGUGAGGUUCUCAACGAAUUCCACAGCUCUUGCUCUGAUCCGAAUCAAUCAGGAUUACGAAUGGACGAUGGAUCCACAGACAUCCGAGCCGCUUCUCGUCAAGUGUACUGUCAAGUCGGCGACGCCAGCGACCGUCUACUGGAAGGUCAACGGCGUUCGCGUUUCGGUCGACUCGUCGUUCUACACCGUCACCACGACGGUUCACGAGGAUUUCAUCGAGUCGACGAUUCGCGCGAAAUCCCGAACGCGCUCGGCGUCGUUCUCAUGCGUCGCCGCGAACAGCGCCGGCGAUUCGACAGAAGACGUCGCGGUGACGAUCAAAGGUCCCGGCAGUCCGCCGUCGGAGAUCACGCUGAUCGCCGAGACCAACGGCUACACGCUGGCGUGGAAGCCGCCAUCACACCCAAAUGGUGUGAUAACGAAGUACGUCGUCUACUACACGCUGAAUCGCGAGGAUCCGCUGUCGGAUUGGACGAAAAUCGAUUUGGACGGAAGCGAGAAGUCGGUGAGAAUCGAGAGCGCCACCGACGAAAGCUUCUACGCGCGAGUCCAAGCGGCCACCGAACUCGGCCCCGGCAUCAUUUCCGACGUGGUGGCGAUGGAGCGAGACACGCAACCGAUCUCGCUGGAGAUGGAGUUCAACGGCGAGCCGGCCGAACACAUGAAGGCGUUCGUCGUCGAUCCCGACGAGCCGCUGUCGCUUGAAUGUCGCGCGCGCGGCAAACCGCGUCCGUCGAUCGCGGUGGCGAUCAGCGAUCGUCGAAACGCGAGCCGCGUCGAGGUCGACGUGUGGCAUCGUCUGCCGGCGACGUCGUCGGCCGGCGUCGUCGUCGGCGUCGUGCACAACGUCAGUGUGCUCACCACCAAAUUUGUGCAUUGUCGCGCCAAAAACUCGGCGGGCAGCAAUUAUUCGACGAUCGAGCUUCGCGUUGACAAGCCCGGCGACGCGCCGACCGGCGUUCAAGUGUUGAGUGUGAACGCGCUCGACGCCACCGUCGUAUGGCAUUCGCCGCAGUUUCCCAAUCUGCCGAUUACGAGCUACAUUAUUCUGGCGAGUAAGGACGAGGACGCCGACAAAUCGCUCUGGCUACAGUAUGAAUCGAACGCGAAGGAGACGCAGAUCAAUCGAAUGUUGCUCCAGACGAGCCAUUUUGAGAAGUCGACAAAAUACUAUGUUUGUGUGCGCGCGAAGAAUGACGCGGGUCUCGGGCCGAUCAGCGACGUCACCUCGUUCUACACGCUCAACGGCGGUCCCGACGGCGCGCCGAUGAAGCUGCGGGUGUUCAUCAACGAGGCGAACCAGGUGAUUGUUGUAUGGAAGGCGCCCAACUCGUCGACGGAAGUUACAGGCUACAUGAUCUACUACACUCGCGAUUUGAGUUUGUCCAACGACGACUAUCGAUCAUGGCAGAUGGUGGAGACCAGCGACGAGUCGAAUCGAUUCAAAUUCGAUCACUCGAUCGGCCUCAAACCGAAGACGUUCUAUCGCGUUCGAAUCUCGGCGAAGAACAUCCACGCCGAAGGUCCGCCGUCGGAGACCGUCGAAUUCGAAACGGCCUACUCGGAACUGCCGAUACCCACCGACAUCAAGACGGAGGUGCUCGAUGACAACACGAUUCACAUCCGAUUCACCGCCGUUCGCGAUCCCGACGACUACUCGAAAGCCAUUGACAAUUAUCGCAUCGAGUUGUCGGCUACUGAUGAUGUGAUGAACGCCGUGUGGAAGACGAUCAAACCGAAAUCGGUGACGAUCGACGAGCUUAGCUCAAUGGUAGACGUCGAAAUCGAGGGUGGCGACGCGAUCGAGAAGAAUCGAAUGUAUUGGGUGAAGGUGACGGCGCGCCUCGAGAAUUCCGCGUGGAUUGUGCAAUCAUCAAAACCGAGAUGGUUCCGAACCGGACAUGGAAAAUUAGUCACCACCGUCGCCAUAUCGGAAUCGCCGUUGAUCGAGAAGGAGCCGAAUUUAUACGAAAAGCUCGUUUUGACGUGCACCGGCGUCGGCAGCCCGGCGCCGGUCAUCACGUUCGCCUGGCAGAAUCGAUCGAUCGACAACGGCACCGAUGGAUGGGAAGCCGUUGAGUCGAUGGAAGACGAGAACACGAUUCUAGUGGUGCUGACUCGAAACAGUAUUCGCGAAUCGGGCAAUCUCACGUGCAUCGGCGUCAACGACGAGGGCAACUCGACCGAUUCGGUCGAGAUUCGAGUGCUCGGACCCGGCAGUCCGCCGGAGGGCAUCAAGCUCGUCGCCUAUCGCAAUCAGAUCAACGUGACAUGGAUGACGCCGACGCUUCCCAACGGCGAGAUCACGAAGUACAUUGUCUAUUUCACGGACCAUGAGAAUUAUGAGUUGUCGGAUUGGCAUAAACUCGAGACCGUCGAGCAUCGCGCGAGCUUCGACGCGUUCGCGCCCAACCAUCGGCAUUUCGUCAAAAUCCAGGCGGUCUCGCAAUUCGGACCCGGCAUCAUUUCGGACCAAUUCGUGUGCACCUCCGACGUUCUGUUUGAGCCUUUGGAAUUGGAGAUUCUCGCUGAGAACAUUGUCGACUUCGAGGCCGAACCGAAUCAGAAUGUGCGAAUCGUGUGUCGCGGCAACGGUCGGCCGCUUCCGACGCUUCACUUCAAAUUUGGCAAUUCGAGCGAGCUGGCGUUCGAGCGCGUCGAGCUCGCCGAUGAUGGAACGUUCGAGGCCACCGCGCCCGAGGUCAACUCGCGUCGAAACCUCACCGUCGCGUGUCGCGCCUCGAACAAAUAUGAGAAUGUGACGAUCAGUCGGAUUGUCAUGAUUAAAAGACCCGGCGAGGCGCCGAGCAACAUCACGUGGAAGUUCGAUGAGAAUGAUGAUUCGUUGAUGUUCAUUGAUUGGAAGCCGAUCGAGAAUCCGAACGGUCGCAAUCUCGUCUACAAUUUGUAUUUGUCGAAUUUCAAGACGAAAGUGUCGGGACCGCCGGUGAAAAUUCCCGAGAUACCGCUCAACGUCAACGUCACACUCCGAAUCAGCGCCGAGAACGAGUACGGCGAAGGCGAGAAGAGCUGGCCGAUUGUGAUACCGACGCCGAACGGCGGUCCGAAAUCGCCGCCCGUCUUGUUGUCGCUUCACGCGCAAGCGAAUCGCGUGCACGUCACGUGGCAGAAGCCGUCGAAGCCGAACGGCCGCCUCGUCGCCUACACGAUCUACUUCAAGACGGACGAGGCGAACGCCGGGUGGAAGACGGUCGAGUUCGAUGCGAACACGACGAUGGCGGUGCUCGACGAGUCGCACGGGCUCGAGCCCAACCGCAAGUAUCAAUUGAUGAUGACCGCGAGAAACGAGCUCAAUGAAGGGCCGCCGUCAUCGAUUGUCACAUUCGAUUUGGUGACUUUCGGAGAUGGCGACGUCAUCGCCAACUUCACCGCCGUCUAUCUCAACGAGACGAUCGUCAUCAAUUUCGAGGCGUCGCCAAACUUCAAGAACUAUCACGUCUACAUUCGCGAGACGACCGCCGACACGUUCGAGAUGGUCGCCGUCGAGACGCGCGACGCUUCCGACGACACGAUCGCGUUGCCCAAUGUGGCGCUGAAGGCGUCGAGCGCCUACAAACUGAAAUUGGCCGGUGUGCGCAACACACGCGAGGGUCCCAUCUCGUCGGAGGUCGACGUACAGUACGCCGUGGCGACACCGCCGACGCCUACCGUAACCGCGAGGCGCAACAUCGUCAAAGAGCCGCCGUUAUAG